AUGGUGUCGUCUACAGCGCUCCUGCUUUCUGCCACAGCUUGCAUCUUCUCCGCCUCCCUUCAGCUUGCGUCGGCAGAGAGAUGCUCCAAGCUUGAUUUUCCAACGUCAUAUGGGAUUUUCGAAUGUGCAGGCAAAGAUAUAAAUCUUUGUUCAUCCAUCGAUUUUACUGAACUCCAAAAUAUGAACAAGCUCGUUGAUUGCACCAUUAAUGGAUUGACAAGUCUUGGCUACAAUGGAUAUCUAUUCAGCAACCUCGAACCUUUGAUUGCUGACAUUUUUACUAACCUCAUAAAUAUAUCUGGUGCAGAGACAAGUCUGGAAACUCUUGCUCAUUACUGCGACACUCACCAAAACGAGAACUUCUGCCAAGUUCCCGCACUUGCCAAUGCAAAGUGCUCAACUCCCGUGAAAGUCAAUGUGCCAAAGAAUGCUAAAAAAGACUGGGCCAUAAAUUAUUUAAAGGACGCUGAAGAUUUCGGAAAAAGUUUAAUCCACAAAUGUAAGGUUAUAGUCGUCGUCGUCAUCUGGGCGAAUGGGUGA